UCCAUACUGUAGGGCCAAUAGCCAGAGGCCAUAUUAAUGGUUCCCACAAGGAAGACCUCGCAAAUUGCUAUAAAUCAUCGCUGGAGCUGGUGAAAGAAAAUAACAUCCGAUCAGUUGCAUUUCCCUGCAUCUCAACAGGCAUUUAUGGUUUCCCGAAUGAGCCUGCUGCAGUCAUUGCCCUCAGCACCAUUAAGGAAUGGCUGGCCAAGAAUCACCAUGAGGUGGAUCGGAUCAUCUUCUGUGUCUUCUUAGAAGUCGACUUCAAAAUCUACAAAAAGAAGAUGAGCGAGUUUUUCCCUGUAGAUGAUAAUAAUGAAGAAGAAGAUGUUGACAUGAAGGAAGAUUCAGAGGGGUUAGAGCCAAAAGGUUUCUCUCCACCCCACAAGAAAAGCAAAGCAAAGAAGCCAGAAUGUUCAAAAGACUCUAGUGAGGAUGGUGUCAACACUCCUACUAUGCCCAGCCCUGCUUCAGAAGAGGCAGUUGAAGUCUGUAAAGAUGAAGAUUCUGCAAAGGAUGACAAUAUUACAAAAGACAAUGAAGUAAUAGAUCAUUCUGUGUGUGACCAAGAUCAACCCAACGGCGUUGGGUUUGCAACUACUGAAAUGAAGAUAUGA